AUGACAAGCUCACUUGCAAAGUACUCUGAAACCGCAGCAAUGUCUUUUUCUACUUUGCAGCAACCACCACCAGCACAACAUCGCAUCAAACAAUUUUGUCCUUUGAUCAUUUAUCACAACAACCCUUCAGAGCAGCUCGAGAUGAAACUGAAUGCCAAUAAACAUCAUGACCGCACAGCCAUAGAUCGCCAUCGUGAUAAGACCAAUGAGAUGUUGGAACACAAAGCACAAUUAUGGAAUGAAAAAUUCAAUGGUUCUUCGACUGGCUUAGUGGAAUUUGAAGCAGGUUACUUGGAUAAAGACAUUAAAGUUUCCCCAAGUACAAGCACUACAUCAAACAUCAGCUCAUCAAGCUCAAGUUCUGGUGACAGCAUUGCUACUAUUGAACAUCCUGCUUCCUACCCAUCAAGAAUGAUGGAUGUGCCUACUAUCAAAACGACUGCUACCACCACCUGCACUGCUGCUGCUCACAAUUACUACACUUCUAUUGAAGAGGAAAAGUACUAUCCAAUGAUGAGCAGGAAGCAAUCAAAAUCCAAAUCAACUUCUUGUAAUAUAGCCACCUCACCUAUUAUUAGCCCAACAUCUACCGCUGCCACCACUUCCAGUUCAUCUACAAAUACCAAAAAUGAUGCCAGUGCUGUAAAAAGACGCAGAGGAAACCUUCCUAAAGAAGUAACUGAAUUCCUUCGUAAAUGGCUCAUCCAGCACAAGAAACAUCCUUAUCCCGCUGAAAAAGAGAAGGCUGAUUUAGCUCGCCACACUGGCCUUACUGUCAACCAAAUCAGUAACUGGUUUAUCAAUGCAAGACGCCGUAUCUUACAGCCCAUGUUGGAAUCUGAAAACUUGACCGCUCAAAUGAUGGCAUACCCAGAACUCGUCAAUCAACAACAACAUCAUCGUUCACCAGCGGCGACGGCAAGUGCUUUCACUGAACCUCCAAGACGUCGUAGACAUGAUUUCUAUACUUAUCAAAGAGAUUUUGUCAGUCCUACCAUGGAACAUCCUUCUCCUCCUCCACUUCAGCACCACCACCAGCACCACCAUCACCCAUCCAUGCACCAUCAUCAUGAACAGCAGCAAUAUCCCCAUCCCCAUUAUUACCCUGAACAAGAGCAAGAACAUGCCAGCAGAUUCCGUAGAACAAGACUGAUUGAUGCCAAUGACCACUACCAUCAAUUAUCGAUGCGAUAA